AUGAUUAUUUUUUUAUUUUUUCUUUAAACAUAUUAAUUAAGAUUCAAUAUAACUACUCCUGAGGGGAAUCCAUCUGAAUUUAUAACCCUUUAGACCUAUUAGACGGUGUAAUUGAAGGUGGAAUUGGGAAAUUAUUAAUUGAAUUCGGAGAAGAUUUUGCUUUAUAUAACUGAUUAGAUUUCACAUGAGAUAACUUAAUCAUGCACUCUAAAAUUAAUGAAUAGAUAGGCAGGCGAAUUGAAAAUAUAUGUCAAUGCUACAAAUACUGAAGAAGACUCAAUAUUGACAUCGAUAACAAUAGUAUUUUUAAUUUUAAUUUCAUAGUCAGCAAUAAUAAUAUCUCCAGCAAGAGGAAUACUAACACAGCCCAACCUCUUUCCCAUAAUAUUGAGUUAGAAGCUGAUUGAAUCCUACAUGAUGCCAUUCAAUUUGCCGACUAAUAAAAUAUACAACUUGGAUGUAUUGAAUGAGGAUUUGGAGAAGCCUCCACAGAAUUAGACUCCAUUUGGAUAGGAGUUUUGGUAAGAAUACCAAGAGAAGGACAUAUCUAUAAUAGCAUUGACUUGGAUUCCAUUCAUGGGCAAUUGCAGAGAUCAGGGCUAUUACUUGUAUUUGUAUAACUUAUUGGAAAAUGCAACCUUCUGUGAUUUGGUAGCAUAGGAGGACACCAAGGUAGUUUCAAUGGUGCCAACAAAUGGAUUCAAUGCAAAAGGGGAUUCCUGUAAUAUCAAUUUGGAGUGUUACUUCUUGGAGAAUUUGAUGGUUGAGUAUGAAGGGAAUAAAUGGUGGCAAUCAGAAUAGGACUCUCUAUUCUACAUAAGUAAAUACGCUUUGAAUUAUAAAAUCCUGGCUGAGAAUUCAGACGAUUCCCAAACCAAUUAUUUCUAUAAUAUAAUACAAGCUUAGGAUGAAUCCUUAAUUUCUGUCCAGUUCAUUACAUCUGGAGUAAUCAAAAAUAGUUAUCCGACUGAAUUUACUUUUCAGAUUCUCUAUAAUCAAAUAUCUCAAACAGAAAAGUAGAUUGUUUCAGCAAUAAUAACAGCAUCCAACUAUCAAAAAGUGACAUCAAUUAUUAACAAAUAUACAUUGAAUAUUGUUUAUCGGCCUAUGGAUUAUUUGGAACUAAUAAACUCAUUUUAAUUUGAUAUCACUUUGUAUUUGGUAUUAUAUCUGGUGAUCGGAAUUUUGAUUAAUUUUGGUAUCUUUGUGAUAUGGGUCAUCAAUAAGUCAAUUUCAAUAAUCCCUGAUCCCCCCAAAUUGAGAAUAUAUUAAACAUUUAUUGUUGCUUUCCUACCUCCAAUCACUGGAGUCAUUAGAGCUACUAUCCCAAUUGUAGUAUAUGUGCUAAUACUGGAUAACCUGUUUGCCCGUGAUUUAUUCUCAGGAAUCACAUAUAAUUAUGAUGGAUUACCAACUAAUUUUGAUAAUUCAUAACAAUAUUUAUAUGGAAGAGUGGGACUUAUGUUGGUUGUGUCUGGAAUCAUCAUAAUGAAGAUAGCAUGUAAAUUAUGCAUUCCAAAACCUAUUGAUGAAGAUUGGGGAAUUAUAAGAUCCAAUUUUGAGAAGAAAAACGAAGAGAAGUAUUUCGAUUUUAGUAUCAGCGAAGAAGAAUCUAAAGAAAGUCCUAUGAAAUAAGAUGAAAUCAGAGAAGCUCAAGUUACCUCCAAAAAUGUUGAUAAUAAUCUUCAAUCCAACAGUAUUAGUAGACAAGGCUCCUUAUUUUCUAAAUAACAGCCUGUCAUUCCAGGAUCUGCUCCUCCCAUUACCAAAGAGAAGGAGCCAACCAUGCCAAAGAAUUCACUCUUCAAAAAAGCCACCAUUCUUAAAUAAAGCAGUUCUAUCAAAGAUAAUUAAUCAUUGAAGGAUUCUAUAAGUCCAGUUCAACUCUUACAAAGAUAGUAAUCAUUUAUAACAUCAUACUCAUAGAAAUUCUUCUGGAAAUCCCCUUGACAAAAAGUAAUCCAUCUUCAAUUAAGCCCAAUAGAGUCAACAACCGUAAAUGAAUCAAAAUUAACAAGCAGAGGAAGAGGAUAUCAUAGAUAUAUUAAAAGAUAGCUUAAUAAGUAAAGAUUAUCAUUAUUAAUUAAUUUGUAUUAUGAUAGCUGCAUUAUUAUUAUUCUUUUUGGGAUUUUCAUAUGAACAAUUAUUCUAUAAGAAUAUCUAUUACUUUUUGAUAGUCCUCCAAUUUAUUGAAUCCUUUGUGUACUGGCUUCUCAGUGAAUAUCUAUUAGAAGAGUAAACACUCAUCCAACCGUUGAUGGCCUGUUUGGAAGUAGUCCAAUUCAUCAUGUUUAUGGCUGCUGAAUCUUUCUAAGAAUUUGUUAUCUCCUUCGUAAUCAGACUCUCCCUAAUUAUUGUGUUCAGAACCUAUAUCAACCCGAUCAUAAGGAAUUUCAAGCAUUUUAAAAAGAAGCUCAUGAACUUUAUGAAUAAAUGGCAACCUUUCUUUAGUUUGGAAUAAGAACAAGAGAAGCAAACCGAAGACAAUAUCUCAUUUUAUUUAGGAUAACACACUGAUUCCAAAUUCACAGAAGACUAAUCAGUUGAAUAUGUUAUCCAAAUGACUUUGGGUUUCAGUAGUAAGGUUCAUGCAAUCUUCAUAAAACCUAUUGUUUUGGUAUUCAUCAAAUUAUUUGAAAAAGAGUCUUAGAUUACCAAUAAUUACUACAUUGGUUUCAGAGAGUUUAAUUAUUAUAUCUACUUUGCAUUUUUUGUCAUCAUCCCUUAAAUCUUCAUAGAUAUUUAUGUACUGAAUAGUUUAGAGAUGAUUUAUGGAUUUAAGUUAUUUGAUUACUUUGAUUACUGCAAAUAUCGGAAUGACUUCAGAAUCCAAAAGUUCUUUGAACACUCCUUAACUUAUGAUCGUAGCAUUGAUGCCUAAUAUAGAUCUAUUGAUAAUAUGAAGUUUACAGAUCAGUUCUAUUAUAAUGGCAGUCUCGUCAUCUAUAGCAUACUCCUUUGCAUUCUCGGAACCACCAUCAUGAUCAGAAACAACUAUGUUCUGUAUUAAGACCCAGCCAUUUUCCUAAUCAUCCUAUUUAUCUAUAUCUUUAUUACCUUGCUCUAAAACAUGAUGUUGUACAUCUGGAAUAAAAUAGAUGUCUGGAAGAUUAAAGAUACGAAGUAAAAAUUAAAUUUGGAUUCUCUAGAAGAAUUCUUAAAUCCUGCAAAAGAAAAUAUUGAAUAAAUAAUAGAGGUUGAUGCUUUCAAAAAGCAUUUCAUCAAAUUAAACAAAGAUUGGCUAGUCUCUAAUAUGGAAUUGUUUAUAAAUGUAGAUCAAUUCACAUAGCAUGAUGAAUUUCUAUUGUAAACAUAUUAAUUAUUGUUGAAUGAUGAGAGAAAAGCUUAAAAAGAAAUUAUUAGGAAUGAGCAAAUGAUAAAGAAACAAAAGGAACUAGAGUUGAAAUCCAAGAAAAAGAGGAGGAAGACAUCUCAAUCAUAAUCCAUCAUUAAGUCUCAAAGAGAUAUUGAAGAAAUAGAUGGAUAUUAACAUACGAUUAGAAUCAAAAGAUCUUAGGCUGAAAAUUUAAGAAAGAUAUUGUCGAUUUGGUAUUACAAGGCUAAAUAGACACUCUUCUUAAAAUACUUGGUAUCAGACGUUCUAGCCCAAAAUUAAGCUGAACAUUGUAAAAGAUGUGGUUUAGAUAUCGAAUUAAGAGUAGUUGAACUGAUACCAUUCGAAAAAAUGUCAAAUCAGUUUAAAUACAGAAUUAUGGGAACUCCCUUUAAUAAAUUUGAAUGGAUUAAAUACUAUGAAACCCAUUAAAAGUUUGUUACUCUAUGUAUCGAUUGUGAGAAUGCUUAUAAAAGUAGAUUUCUAUAACGAUAAAAUUAAAGUGCUAACGACGUGGCCAAAUUGGCUUCAUAAAACUUUGUUGCUAAAGCAUUUGUAUUUAAAUGGCUAUAUGCUGCUAGAGCUAGAAUGCUACACAAAAAAUCAUUAACAGUAGAAAAAUUAACUUAUUGA